UUUUUUUUUUGUUGGGUUUUGGAAAAAUUAAAGAGAAGCCUUUGGAAAUGGCAGAUAACAGGAACCGCACUGCUCUACUUGUUAUCGACAUGCAGAAAGAUUUUAUACACGACGACGGUCUGGUGCGAGUGAACGGAGGCAGAGCUAUUGUCCCCAAUGUAAUCAAAGCCGUCCAAGUCGCUAGGCAGCGUGGUUUUCUAAUUGUUUGGGUACUUUCUUUCCCAUUGCUUUCCGUUUUUCACUCCUUCUCUCUUUGCCUUUGUUUGUUUCCCCAGAAAAUUUAUUACCCAAAUAAAGAUUAAUUUGAGGCAUAGAGGUAGUAGAUUAGUAUUUCCGGUGUUGCUUUGCUAUGAUUGUCCAAUUUCGUAUGCUCUGCUUGGUUGGGGAGAAAAAAGGAAGCGAAUAGUAAACCCAUUACUUCCAAGUUGAUUCCUUUUUUAUUCCUUCUUUUCAAAAGUUUAAUGGGUUUGCUAUAAACUCCGUCGUCUGGGUCUCUUUUUGUUAUUCGGUGGUUGAUGACGGAGCUGUACCACGCCUUUUCAAAUGUUCUAGAUGAAUUUCCGAUUUACACUGGCUAUGUCCACAGAAAUGGAAUCCCAAUCCCAACUCUUCAAUAAUCCCCAGGCGCCUUUUUAUUCUUUCUAGCGUUGCAGCCCUUCCAGCUCGAUCUCUGUUUAGAUCUGGUUGAUAAUUUGCCCAAGGAGGUGCUUGCUUCUAUUAUAUUUGGUUGUUAUACUCCAUAUAUACCAUGCUUAAGGUCCCAGAUCAUCAGGUUGCAGGCCACCGGGCCUGUGAUGAAAUGAUUGGUCCUUUGGUAGAUGAUUCAGGGCACUUCUACAAGCCUCUUCAAAAUGAUGAACGCGGGUCCGCAGAGGUGGCCUUUUAUACGUCCUUCUCUUCCAACAAUAACAUUCCAAAUCAUAUUGGUAGAUUCUUCCCUCUUUUCCAUGGCACUCAGCUUAUAGAAGCAUCUGAUGGGUCUGGCCUGCAUCCUCAUCUUGUGCUGCAAGAUGUUGUCUCAAGUUACGUCAAUCCAUCCAUCAUGGACGUCAAGAUUGGAUCCAGAACAUGGUAUCCUGAAGCAUCAGAGGAAUAUAUCCACAAGUGCUUUAAGAAAGACAGAGAAUCGACGAGCCUUGCACUGGGGUUUAUGAUAUCUGGAUUGCAGGUACAUGGGAGCGAAGAAUCUGGGUUCUGGAAGCCUGAUAAGAAGCUUAUCAAGAACUUUACUUCCAAGGAUGUCAGGUUAGUUCUGAGGAAGUUUGUUUCUUCUAACACAUCUGCAGAUUCAGGUAUGGAUCCUGAUUGUUCUUUUGCAUCAACUGUUUAUGGUGGUUCUGCUGGAAUUUUGGCACAAUUGUUGGAGCUCAAAGAAUGGUUUGAGGAUCAAACCAUUUUCCAUUUCUGUUCUUGUUCAGUUCUUAUGAUCUAUGAUAAGGACUCGGUGUCUAAAGGAAGGAGUUCCGGUGCUGAAGUUAAACUUGUUGAUUUUACACAUGUCGUGGAAGGCAAGGGCAUUAUUGAUCAUAACUUCUUGGGUGGGCUCUGCUCUUUAAUUAAGUUUAUCUCAGAGAUCUGACCUGCUUGGAUGAGGCUACAACCCAAGCUUCUUGGUCAGACCCUAAUAACUGUAUUUGUACCAGUUGUGACAUUCAGAAAUAAAUAGAAUGUCCUAGAUAUAGGCUUUCUCACGUCACUGUGUAGUCCAUGGCUUAUCUCUGUGGCUUCACUGUGGGAUUCUGAAAUCCAAGCACUGUUUAGGCUUGUAUUACUUUCUACUUUAUUGGCUUUCUCACGUCACUGUGUAGUCCAUGGCUUAUCUCUGUGGCUUCAUUGUGGGAUUCUGAAAUCCAAGUACUGUUUAGGCUUGUAUUACUUUCUACUUUAUUGGGCCUUAUAUUUUUAUUGACAUUGAUGGGGCUGUUUCAA